ACCAAAGUCUCUAUUUCUCUAUCUCUCAGCUUCGAAACUCCAUCACGCCAUGGAAGAAGAAACUCUACAAGUCUCCUCCUUUAAUUCUCUCUUCUCCUGUUUCAUCACUCUCUAUAGUCUUAUUCUUAUCUAUUUCCCUAAUGAUUUGCUUCGAAUCUUUCUCUCCCCUGUUCUUCUCAUCUCCGGAGCUCUUCUCCUCUCUCUUCUCCGCCUCGGGUCGACCCGAGAAUCUAACACCCGACCCGAGAAAAGCUACGAGAUUCUCAAGGAAGCUGAAGAACCUAAUGUUUUUCUGGUUCUUGAUUCCGAUUUGAUGGGUGAUUUUGUGGAAUGGAACUUGAGAGCUCCAUUGGAAGUGAUUCACGAAGAAGCCUACGACGAAGAAGAAGAAGAAGAAGAGGAUCCGAAUGAAAAAGAUCCGACCCGAAUUCAAUUUCCGGAGAUCGGUGACUGGAACUCGCCGGAAAAUAUAGGAUUCAGAUGGGAAGAGGAGGAUGAUGACGGUGGAAUUGGAGGCGAAGAUCGGAAAAGGAGAUCCGACGAAGAUGGCAAAGCAACGACUGCGGUCAAAGAAGAAGCUGGUGAUAAUGCUCGAAGUCGCUUGAGCUCGAUCUACUCUGAGGCAAAUGCAUCAUAUAGCAACAAUGGUGUUGAAACUGAAACCAGAAAGAAAAAAGUAGUGCUGCUCGGAACUGGAUGGGCUGGAGCAAGUUUCUUGAAGACUCUGAAUAACUCUUCUUAUGAGGUUCAGGUUAUAUCGCCUCGAAACUACUUUGCUUUCACUCCCUUGUUACCUAGUGUUACUUGCGGAACUGUUGAAGCUCGUAGUGUUGUUGAACCUAUUCGCAACAUUGGAAGAAAGAAUGUUGAGAUGUCUUUCUUGGAGGCAGAAUGUGUCAAAAUUGAUCCAAGAAGCAAGAAAGUUUACUGCCGAUCUAAACAAGGCGUGAAUUCGAACGGGAAGAGAGAAUUUGAUGUUGACUAUGAUUACCUUGUAAUUGCUACUGGAGCUCAGUCUAACACAUUUAAUAUUCCAGGGGUGGAGGAGAACUGUCAUUUCCUCAAAGAGGUUGAAGAUGCACAGAGAAUCCGUAGCACUGUCAUUGAUUCAUUUGAGAAGGCAAGUUUACCGGGACUAAACGAAGAAGAGAGAAAGAGAAUGCUACAUUUUGUAGUUGUUGGUGGUGGACCAACAGGUGUUGAGUUUGCUUCUGAGCUUCAUGAUUUUGUUAACGAGGAUUUAGUCAAACUCUAUCCCAAAGCCAAGAACUUAGUGCAGAUCACUCUGCUAGAGGCUGCAGACCACAUCUUGACCAUGUUUGACAAGAGAAUCACAGAGUUUGCUGAAGAAAAGUUUACUAGAGAUGGUAUUGAUGUGAAAUUGGGUUCUAUGGUUGUGAAAGUUAAUGAUAAGGAAAUUUCUGCUAAAACCAAAGGAGGAGAGUUCUCUACUAUUCCUUAUGGAAUGAUCGUUUGGUCAACUGGUAUUGGGACUCGUCCUGUGAUCAAAGAUUUUAUGAAACAAAUUGGUCAGGGCAAUAGACGUGCUUUAGCAACCGAUGAAUGGCUUCGUGUUGAAGGAUGUGAUAACAUAUAUGCACUUGGUGAUUGCGCAACAAUCAACCAGAGAAAAGUCAUGGAAGACAUAGCUGCUAUAUUCAAGAAAGCAGAUAAGGAAAAUUCAGGAACACUGACAAUGAAUGAAUUUCAAGAAGUAAUGAGUGACAUAUGUGAUAGAUACCCUCAAGUAGAGCUCUACUUGAAGAGUAAAGGUAUGCAUGGCAUUACCGAUCUUCUAAAAGAAGCACAAGCUGAGAAUGGUUCCAAUAAGUCCGUCGAACUCAAUAUAGAAGAACUUAAAUCAGCUCUUUGUCAAGUUGACUCACAAGUGAAGCUUCUUCCAGCUACAGGACAGGUCGCUGCUCAACAAGGUACUUACCUUGCAAAAUGCUUUGAUCGUAUGGAAGUAUGCGAGAAGAAUCCUGAAGGUCCCAUUAGGAUUAGAGGAGAAGGUCGUCAUCGUUUCCGUCCCUUCAGGUAUCGACAUUUGGGACAGUUUGCUCCAUUAGGAGGGGAACAAACUGCGGCGCAACUUCCAGGAGACUGGGUUUCGAUAGGACACAGUAGUCAAUGGCUGUGGUACUCCGUUUACGCUAGUAAGCAAGUGAGCUGGCGAACGAGAGUCCUGGUGGUCUCAGACUGGAUGAGACGAUUCAUCUUCGGGAGGGAUUCAAGUCGCAUUUGAAAUUCUCAUGUCUCUCUCGUUUGAGUUCUCAUGAAUAUAGUCUUAUUGCUUUUUUUACUUUCAAAUAAAAGCAUAACAAGGGGAAGAUGUUAAACUUCAUUUGGUUACUUCUGUUUUUGGAAUUGGUACGUGAAAUUGAUAUAUUUAUAUUGCUGGAGACUGGAGUGUAUAAAUUUCACAAAGAAUAUAAUCUACUGUUUUUC